ACACAAGCUGCAGCACAAAACACUACGUAUUCCUGCCCAUCCAUAUUAAGAACUGAAGUUAGUGAGAACUUUGCUUGGUAAGCAUGUUCGUGCACAAGUGUGCUACACUGUACGCUUACAAAAGUUAUGCACUGCUUUGCCGGUGGACACAGAAGAUAAAUUCGAUACCACUGAGCACAUUCAAUGCUGGAGUUUCACACAAAAUGUUUGUAAACAAAUGUGCUGAACACUAUUUUGGUGGAAUCGUAUCAUAAUAAAAACCGUGUAACGUGUAGUAAAGUACAAAAUAAGAGGAAAAGUGAAAAGUUAAAAGGACGUGGUCGUGGUGUUAAACAUUUUUGGAGCCAUUUUCAAACAAACACAAUUUAGCAACAAUCAGAAUAAUGCUGAACCCCAACCAAGUACCUCAAAAGAAACAUCUGAAUCUGAAAAUCUCCAAGGUAAAGCUGAAGUGUUUGUGAAUGUGAAGACUUCCAGAGAAAGACAUUCAAAUUCUAAAAUGAAAAGAAAGCGUGUGUCAGCUGUAUGGGACUAUUUCAAUCCGG